AUGAUAUGCGAAGACGCAUAUCAGUAUCUUCAACUACAUGGACAAAAUGAUCACAUGAAGACAAUGGACUUGAGCCAAUCACCACCAUCAUCACCAAAGUCACCAUCAUACAACAAUGAGGAAGAGAGAUUAGAGGUUGUGAAUUUGAGUGGCAUGGCAUUACAAUCUCUCCCAAAUCCAUCCCUCAAUUUGGCAAAUAUUUGCAAACUUGAUCUCUCAAACAAUCAUAUCAAGAACAUACCAGAAUCUCUAACAGCGAGAUUGUUGAACUUGAUAGCAUUAGAUAUUCACUCAAACCAGAUCAAAACACUUCCAAACUCCAUUGGUUGUCUCUCUAAGCUCAAGCUCCUUAAUGUCUCCGGCAACUUUCUUGUUUCCCUCCCCAAAACUAUUCAAAAUUGCAGGUCACUAGAAGAACUAAACGCCAACUUCAACGAGCUAAUUAGAUUACCAGACUCCAUUGGGUUAGAACUAACCAAUUUGUGGAAGCUUUGUGUCAACUCGAACAAGCUUGUUAGCCUACCAACCUCCAUCACCUACCUCACUUCCCUACGUGUCCUUGAUGCUCGUCUCAAUUGUCUUAUGGUUCUCCCUGAGGACCUUGAGAACCUCAUCAAUCUCGAGAUCCUCAAUGUCAGUCAGAACUUCCAAUAUCUUUCUGCUCUCCCAUCUUCUAUCGGUCUUCUCAUGAACCUCCUCGAGCUAGACAUCAGCUACAACAAGAUUACAGUGUUGCCUGAGUCCAUUGGAUGCAUGAGACGGUUGAGGAAGCUGAGCGCGGAAGGAAACCCGCUCGUAUCCCCACCCAUUGAGGUCGUGGAGCAGAGCUUGCAAGCGGUCAGAGAGUAUCUGAGCCAGAAGAUGAAUGGUAAACUAGUGAACACCGCCGUGACAAAGAAGAAGUCAUGGGGAUUCUGUAAACUGGUUAAGUAUGGAACAUUCAAUGGUAGAUCAAGGGCAUGGACAAGGGAAGAGAGAGAAGGGCUUAUGAUGCCCGAGUACCGUCCUAUUGAUGUCUUAGCUUCGACCAGGUUUCAUGUGAUGUGCUCACCUCGACGUCUUUUUUCUCCAAGAACUUAUUUCAGCAGAUAA